AGGGGAAACUUUAUCUGUUUCAAAAUCGUGCCCGUUCUUUGUAGGCCUUGCAUGAUAAUCUCGACUGCGUUUAUCUGUAACGUGAGCAGACUGUGAAAAUCGUUUUCGAAGCUUCGUAGGAACUGAAAAUAUGACGGAAGAGGAAUCCCUUUUUGAUCCUACUCAAAAAAAGAAAAAGAAGAAGAAGAAGGCGUUCGAUUUAGAUACUGCUUUGAAUGACUCCGAGUCGAAAAUUGAAGAUGACGGCGACGACGAAGGUGAUAAGCCUGUCGUCGAGAAAGUAUUAAGAUUCGACGAGUCGACGAUUGGUGGUGAUGAAAAAUUCGAGGACCUCGAUCUUGAGUCUUUUGGUAAGAAAAAGAAGAAGAAGAAGAAAACGUUCGAUUUGGAUGCUCUCGAAGACGCUCUACCUGAGGCUACCAAAGACGAAGAUGCUGUUCCUGGAGACAUUGGUGGAGAUGAAGGUGGAGAACCGAAAGACGACGAUUUCGACUUAGACAUGGAUUUCACCAAAUUGAAGAAAAAGAAAAUGAAGAAGAAAAAGAAAGACAUAGAUGAACUUAUGACCGGCGGAGAGUUCGGUGAAGAUGAACUUGGGACCCCAACGGAGUCCUCCGCGUGGGGCAACACUGACCGUGACUACACCUACGAAGAAUUAUUAGCCCGUGUGUUCGAUAUCAUGCGAGAAAAGAACCCAGACAUGGUUGCUGGAGAAAAGAAGAAGUUCGUCAUGAAGCCUCCGCAGGUUGUACGUGUGGGGACGAAAAAAGUCUCGUUUGCGAAUUUCACCGAGAUUUGUCGAAUGCUGCAUCGGCAACAGAAACAUGUCCUUCAGUUUUUGCUGGCGGAAUUGGGAACGCAAGGAUCUGUCGAUGGUAGCAACCAAUUGAUCAUUAAAGGGCGCUUUCAGCAGAAACAGAUUGAGAACGUGCUUCGGCGUUACAUCAAGGAAUACGUCACUUGUCACACGUGUAGAUCCCCUGAUACGAUCCUGCAGAAGGAUACGCGGUUGUUCUUCUUGCAAUGCGAAACGUGCGGAUCGCGGUGUUCUGUCGCGAGCAUCAAGUCGGGAUACCAGGCAGUCACUGGAAAACGCUCAGCCCAACGAGCAAAGAAUGCCUAUUGUUCCAAUACUGACCGAGGAUUCUCUUCAGAUCGAAAACGAUUCGGAAGUUUCAUGGAUGUCAAAGAGUACAAUUGUGCGUUUUGCACGUUCGUUACGCGAGAUAAGAGAAUAGCACAAAGACACGGGGCAGUUCAUUAUCGUUCUCUUGCUGAAGCUGACCAAGAGGAUGACAUUAGACUGUUGGAUAACACAGAAGACGAUGUUAAAAGUGAAGAGAAGGUUCCAAUAUUGACGUGUCCCGAUUGCCAACAUGUGAGUUGGUCUACAGAAGAACAGUUGGAUCAUUCUCGAGUAUGCAUGAAAUCUCCAGGCAACAAUUCUGCGUCUGAAUCAAAUCAAGUUGAAGCUGCUGAAAGAAUCAGCUGCCAUUUGUGUGGUUUGUUGCUUGAAACACAAGAAGAACUCAUGGGACAUCUCUGGCAGAAUCACAAGUCUACAGCAGUGUCCAGAGGUCAUUCUUCCAAGGCUGUUUCCAGAUCUCCAGAGCUGAGGACCUUCCGAAAAGCCAGUCCAACUUACAGAGGAACCCCGCAGAACAGCCUCCCUGCAUUGCGGCCUGUUGGAUUCGGAGCCAGAGCUUGGAGUCCGGAGCAGCGCAAAUUUAGCCGGAGCAGAGCAGAGCCCGGGGAUGUGGCCGGCAAGAGAAGGAAGUUCAAGGAGGUAUCUUGUUGUGACCAUUGCUCUUAUUGGUCCACAAGUUACCAGCAUUUUGCUGUCCACUAUUGUUCUCACUCGGAUUCUGAGUGGCCAUGGAAGUGUAGCAGGUGUCCCUUCGUGGCGAUGAACGUGAAAGAUGUUCAGUCACACAUUCAACGUGUCACUCAUCCAAUCGGAACCGUGGCAGAGAAAGGUUACAAGUUAUCUAACGUGGCUUGGAAGCAGUUUAACAAUAACCGGAGGGAAAUUCUGCUUCCUGAGGAGGAAUUAAUGAACCUGAAUGUGGCUGUGGCAUCGGACAACGAAGAAGGUUAUUUCAUGGACAUAAGGAUGUGCAAGUGUUCUAAUCCUCCACCGAAAACGUGUAAUUUAGCGCUUUCAAAUGGAUUCCACUUCCAUGAAAGGAGUGCAGCAAUGGAGCCGAGGUCUCGUGGAUCAACGCCUGUGUUCGUGCAGUCGGAAAUCGUCAAGUUGGUCAAAUGUCCGGGUUGCAACACUGACGGUAGUGUGCAAGCUCUGCAGAAACACGUCGAGGAAACACAUCGCAGCUCUGUUCCCAUGAACUCUUUUGGAAUGAGUGUGAAAUCAUCUGCUGGUUCAAUCACAUCAGCCAGAUCGCAGACGGAGCAACUAUCUGCCGUACAGUUGAAACAUGCCGGUGGACCGAUUUCACUCCCUUUGAGAACAGUUCCGGUUGGGGAAGUAGAUCCACAACCGUAUGUGAAAGAGUUUGAAAUUGAUCCGAAUCAGACGUAUCCUGCGUUUUGUGGGAUUUGCAACGAUGUCCAGGAUUCGUAUGAAGCUUUGCACGCCCACUUGAGAAAUCAUAAGGAGAGUGGAGAAUAUUCAAAUUCUGGAAAGCUGGAUGGAACGUCGAAUGUAUCAAAAGAAUCUCAAAAUCAGCUGGUCGUACAGAAUCUUACCAACGCAGGGAUUUUGGUUUCUCGAGAAACUACGAAUUUUGCACCUCUACACAAGUGUACCAUGUGUACUGCUGGGUUUACAAGGGAGGAGGACCUGUUGGAUCAUAAGAAGUUGAAUCAUUCUGAAAUAUCGUUGUUCAACUGCAAGCUGUGUUCAUUUGUUACCUUCAGCAGAGUUGACAGCAAGAGACAUGCAGCACAGCAUGCCAGAAAAGUAGCGGAAACCAGUCAGACGUCGUCGCCGGUGAACACCGUGAAUGAGAAAGUGACGGUAAAUGCUUCAUCAGAACACUCAGAAGAUACUGGCUAUGCCACAAAACGUCAUGUGCUUUCGUCUUCGAAGAAAACGGUGAUUUACUUCGCUUGCAACUCGUGUCCCGCUACUUUUUAUCGCGAGGAGCGGAUCUUGAAGCACAUGAAGUAUCAUGGGGUUGGACACCCUUUGAAGUGUACUUACUGCAAUUGGUCGUGCGUGAAUAAGAAACACUUGACGGCGCAUCUGCGUCAGCAUAACGAUGUUAGGCGCAUCAAGUCCAGUCGAGACUCAGUGCUGCCAGCAAUCGACGUGGACGAAGAGGAAGAGGAAGAUGUUCAAGAUGCGGACGCAUCAGUUGGCAUUCAGUCUGAAAAUCCGCCGAAAUCUUCUAUAACACAUUUCGAAUGUGUUAUUUGCCGUGAUACCUUCGAUUCAGGCCCCAAGCUGGAGCACCACAUGACAUCACAUGGUGCUGGCAACAGAUUUUCGUGCAAACUAUGUAAUUUCUCCACGAACGCCCCUAAAACUAUGAAGAAGCAUAAGAUGGUGCAUGAGAGAUUAGAAUCUGAGAAAAAUGAGCGGGAAAAGGAGGAGUCUUCGAUGGACGAAGGAUUACAGUCAAACGAAGGAAGCAUUUUAGAAGAAUCCGUCAUGGAACCAGGUUCAAGUGUUGUUGACGAGAUGUUGGCAAAAGAUCCAUCGGAAGAAGAGUCAGAAAGUUUGGAUGAAAGUCAAGCAGUGUUGUUCGGCAAGAAAGGUACGUUCUCGGGGGAAAAAUUGCUGUAUUGUCCCUUCUGCCCUGAAAGCUUCAGAACAGAAGAGAAGAUUGAAGAGCAUUUAACGCAUCACUCGGAUGAUUCUCCGUUCACAAACGGCAGAGAGGGCUGUCCACAUUGUGAUUUUGUUGGACUCCGAGCUGAAAUUUCAAAGCACAUUCCAUGUCAUUUCAAUCCCUCCCGCGUCGUCAAGUUGGAGUGCGACAUUUCGGGAAUGGCUAUCGUGUUCGAUCCGAACAGCAGCCGGAAACGGUGGAAUCGGUCUGAAGAAAAGAUUUCGGAUCCGGAUGAUUUCACAGAGGAAACGUUUGGAGGACCUCCGCUAAUCUUCAGCUAUCCGUUCGAUAAGGACCUGGACGAAGAUCCUGUUGUCGAUGUACGAUCCCCGACCCCAGAAUCGACGAAGUCUUGUCCGAUCAAGAAGAAACGCCGCACGAGUGGAACCAUGACCAAUGGGAUCCUCACCAGACGUCGUCGACAGGAGAUGAAUAGCUUCGGGUUGUCGGACUUCGACGAUUCGUUUGGCGCGAAUGAUUCUUCAAGUGCUGGUUCGGUUGCUAGGAAUCCUAGCGAAAGUGGGAACGAUUCCGAUGGCUUCGGAAGAUAUGAUUGCAAUUCAUAAAGCCGUAGAUUAUUGUCCGCGACAAAUUUCUCGCGUUUUGCAAAUCGCUGUGGUUGUUGACAAAAAUGCGGAUGAUCGUCGACGCAGUCCAUAUUUGCGCGUUAGAGCGCCAGAAGCUUUGGUCGCGUUUAAAAAAUCCUUUGGAACACAGCUGUUCUGAGCACUUUUAUGUUGUGAAUGAUCGUGCGAGAUGUGCGAUUCCUCAGUUGUACAAUUUUUCUGUCUUAUUCAGAAUUUCUCCCAACGUCCAUGAUUUCGUAUCCGCCAAUUUUAAGUGUUCCGGUCUUUCUGAGAAGGAGUUCCUCAUAGUUGACCUCAUUCAUGGGAUAAAUGCCGCCUCCUCGAAGGAUUAAUUUUUCGGGUGUAAUUGCGAAUCGAAUUACCCUGGAAAAUCAAAUUCAUUUGGUCCAAAAACUGCCUCUAUUGAAUGGUACUGUUAGUGUAGGCAAUUAAGAAGGAAUUACUGGGGCUUCCCAGAAUUCGGUAUUUUUCAAUCACUCAAUUAAUGGUCACAGGGCUAAAAUUUGACUGCAUUUGCCAGCUGCCAUCUAGUAAUGCUGUGAUUCAAAGGUAGGAAAUUAAACGUAGGAAACAUUUCGAAAAGAUUUGGUGAUCAGGUCAAAAAUCUUCAGCUUUCGGAUGGUGGACAUUAAUGAAUAAUGCAGAUAUUUUGGGCAAGGUCUCAAAUUCCCAAGUGAUGCGUCCGUUUCCAAGUUAUAAAGGUGCGCAUUUUCCCCCAUUCAACUUUCAUUUUGCUUUUUACAUCGAAUUGUACCUGUUUUGAUGAACCGAUCGUUUUUUCUCUGUUCACUAGUGUCUUCGCAUUCUACAUUAAAUGCCCACGGGGCAGCCUCGGUAUGUUAAUAUUUUAAAGUUGGAAGUUUAAUAUUCACAAUGUUUUAAUUGAAGCGAUCUUUUCGUGGUUUUUUACGAGAUCGUUCAUCCACCAACAAAGGCAUGAGAUGCUGAAGCACAGCACAGUACCUUACGUUGUAUUUGUGAUUUAUUUGGGCGUUAUAUGAACUCACGGCGAAAAUAGGUUUUCACUCAUUUUUAUCAAGCGAGCAUCCUUUUGGCAUUUCAAGGGUGAGGGUUUGCAUUCAUGGUUCCGAGAAAAACAUUUUUCGCACCUCAAAUUGUGAACUAUUCUGAAAGAAAAUUCGUUAGAUUUUGUUAAUCGGUGAAUGAAAUGCAAAGAAUACCCCGGAAA